UCACACAGAGAGAAGGAGAGGGAGGGGGAGGGAGUGGUGACGUGCUGCUGCCUCUUGCAUCCCCUCCCCUGAGUGCUCAGCAGCAGCAGCCUGCCUUCUCCUUACCUUUCUCUGCAGAGGAAAAGGCUACCGACCACCCAGGAGAGUCCCCUUACCCACACUCCACUGGAAAUCUGCCCCCACCCACACACUCCCCCCAGUCCGCACCCACCCAUCUCCUGCCUUCUCCUCUGUCCUUUCCAGCAUGGCUGAGACCACUAAAACCCAUGUUAUUCUGCUGUCCUGCGGCAGCUUCAACCCCAUCACAAAGGGACACAUCCAGAUGUUCGAGAGAGCGCGGGAAUUCCUGCACAAGACUGGAAGAUUUAUUGUGAUCGGAGGCAUCAUCUCUCCUGUGCAUGACUCUUAUGGGAAGCAGGGUCUGGUCUCAAGUCGUCAUCGUCUCAGUAUGUGCCAGCUGGCUGUGCAGAACUCCGAUUGGAUUCGUGUAGACCCAUGGGAGUGCUAUCAGGAUACUUGGCAGACAACCUGCAGUGUUUUGGAGCAUCACCGAGACCUCAUGAAGAGAGUAACUGGCUGCAUCCUGUCUAAUGUGAACACUCCCUCUGUCACACCAGUGAUUGGCAAUUCCCUGAACCAGUCAUCGCAGCCUGUCUACCAGAAUAACAACCUUACCAACAAGCCCACUGCAGGCAAGAUUCUGGGAAAGGUUGGUGAAGGAUUGAGUCGUAUGUGCUGUGUCCGGCCCAACCUGCAGCGUGUUACAUUUGUAGAUGAAAAUGCCAACCUGGGCACAGUGAUGAGAUAUGAAGAGAUAGAGCUACGGAUCUUGCUCCUGUGUGGUAGUGACCUGCUUGAGUCAUUUUGUAUCCCUGGCCUCUGGAAUGAGUCAGAUAUGGAGGUGAUCGUGGGAGAUUUUGGCAUCGUGGUUGUGCCACGUGACGGGACAGACACUGAGCAAAUCAUGAAUCACUCAUCACUGCUUCGUAAAUACAAGAGUAACAUCCUUGUGGUAAAAGAUGACAGCAACCAUCCAAUGUCCAACGUGAGCUCCACCAAGAGCAGGUUGGCUCUGCAGCACGGAGAUGGACAUGUGGUGGACUACCUGGUGCAACCAGUCAUUGACUAUGUUCUGAAAAGCCAGCUAUAUAUCAAUACAUCGGGGUGAUCCUGCAUGUUCCUGUACCGAGCGUGGCGUUGUACUCACCCUCAUCAUCACAGUACAGCGUGUUAUUACUCACUAUUCACCACAAUCUCCUCACAGAUCAUGAUACCUCUUUUACCCCACUCAUUGCUGUCCGCCUCACCUCUCUGCCUUAUUCAUUCACUUAAGAUCUUCUGUCUCCAAAGCCCAAGGUGAGGAAGCACUCACAGUACUAUUGUAUUGGAAGAAGUGCUUGGGGCAAUGUUUAUUUCUGGUGUAUUUAAAUAUUAGAACCAUUCUACAUUUAUUAUGGGCGGGAUGGUUGGGGUAUUCAUUAACCCAUUCAGCGCCUUGAACGUCAAGCCACAAUGAAUGGGUUCAUAUUUAUUCCCCUGGUUAUUAGUCAGUUUAAAGGGUGGGUAUUUAUGUAUAUUAAUUUAUUACUUUAGUAAAAUGAUUUCCUGUAUCUCUUUUGCUGGUAGUAGCUGGAAAACUGUCUGUAAUCCUUGUCCUCUUUGAACCAGUACUUCUAGAGGACUGUGGGUAACAGGAGUUAGGGAACGUUACUAAAUCCCCUUCAUGAUGAGCAUUCUGCACGCAGUUAGCAUGUUCUUCUUGUGCUUACAUCUCCAUGGUGUUCUCAUUGUCUGUAUUAGCUCCUGCCUGGAAAGUAAUUGGUAUGUGCCCACUAGCAAAGUGCAGGGUUUAACAUAGAGUGAGAUGCCAAUAUAGUUUCUCUAUCAUUCAUGGGGGAUACUGGAACCUUGGGUAUUGGUGGAGCUGGAGGAGUCUGAAGCAGCACAGUCUUCUCUUCCGCUAUGCCCCGCCCCCUUCCUACACAAUAACUUGUUUGAAUAGAAUGUACACCCUAUGUUCAAGCAUGCCUGUAUAUUAAAUAUUUAAUCCAGAGAUUCCAGACAUGUCAAAAAGGUGUCAUAUCUCCCUGACCUGAUUUGUGACCCUACGUGUCUGCUUUAAGGAUAUAUAGUUCUCAGCCCUUUACAUUUAUAUACAGUAUAAUCAAUGCUAAGGCCCUAGUAGUUGGCUUAGCCAUUUUCACAGUGUUCUUUAGUCACUAAGAUUUACCGGAUUAUAAGCAACCUCAAACUAUCUGUAUGCCAGUGUCUCUCAAACACGGUCCUUAUAACCACAGCUGUCUGGGUUUUAAGGUAAAAUCAAAAUGACUUCGGUACUAAAUUGUGCUAAAGUAUUUACAGUAUUAAAACCUGGACUGUGAAUGUGUCUUGAGGAACAAGUUUGGAAACACUAGUGGGGCAGAUGUAAUAAGCCUGGAGUAGUGAUAAAGCAGUGAUACGUGCAAGGUGAUAACGCACCAGCCAAUCAUCUCCUAAUGGUCAUUUUACAUAUUGGAGCUGAUUGGCUAGUGCGUUAUCACCUUGCACUUAUCACUGCUUUAUCACUUCUUCAGGCUUAAUACAUCUGCCCCAUUGUACAUCUAAUUAAAAGUGGCAGUGUUGCCCAAAGCAACCAAUCAGAUUUCUGCUAUCAUUUCUUUAUUACAUCCUAGGAAAUGAAAGACAGAAUCUGACUGGUUACUAUGGGAAACACUUUCACUUGUCUGCUUUAGAAGCUUCAGUAAAUAUUCUGCUCAGUCUUAUUGGACAUAACAGAUUAUUUAUCAGUAAGUGACUUGUACUACAACAUGUAUAGCAAGAUAAUAUAGAGACACAAUGUAUAAAGGGCUAGCGCUGAUCAUGUGUCUGGGAGGCUGCAGGCAUUCAUUUUGGGGUUCCCUGUGUUGAACAAGUACCUUAAAUCCUUUAAUAGGGGGGAAUAAAACAUGCUGGGUGUGUUUCAGAGUUAGAACUAACACAGACAAGACUUUAUUUUUUCACAAUCAUAUUACACAACAGGGCUAUCAGUCUGGGGAACAUUGGGGAUGGCUAUGAUCUCUGAGGCAGUAUUGUGUUCCUCAGCUUACAUGAAAACCUCCAUAGUAUCUAUUGUGUUCAAGAGAUUAUCCAAAGCCAGCAAGCAUGAAUUUACAAUUAGAACAUAUAUGGAGGCCACCCCAUGAAAACAUAAAGCAUUUUCUGGUCUACAGCCCCCUCCUCUGUUCUUCAUCACAUGCCUUAGCUUGGCUUUUAUCAUAGCAUGGCUAAAUUUCUUACAGCAAAGAAAGGGUUCAUUACAGAGCUCACUGUAGCAGAGGGUUCCAUGAAGAUUAGGUUUAAAAUAUGGGGCCGCUAUGGUAACAAGAAGCGUGCAUGAUGACAUCACCUGCAAGCGCCAAGCAUAGCCUGUUAGGACAUGUUUCUGGGACCCAUUUGCAGAGUACACGGUUAGAUAUAUUUACUUGAGACCAAACUAAAGGUUAAUUGAUUUUAGCAUGUAGCAAGUCCAGAACAAGGAGCCAGAUGGGGAUAAUAGACAAAUUUAUGUCUCUUGUGUAACAAUGAUAAUAGAAUAAAGUGGUGUGUGUGUGUGAGAGGGUAAUCACUGGUUUGGAGGGGGUUAACUGCAUUUCUUUAACUUGUGUAUGGUUUUGUUCAUAUUAAUGUUGCUGUUUUACCAAUAAAGAUUCUGCUUUGCUAUAAA